UAGGUUCUUUAUAGACUUUUUUCAUUCACUUUUCAAAAUUUGAAACGUUUAUUAUAUUCGUAUAAAGCAAACUGACACGGUAAAACAAAAAUUGUAAAAUUUCCAAUAUAUAUACUACACUCUAUAUUCACAUAAUAUAUACAAGAAGUCGAACUGAUUUUACAUUGAAGAAUAAUGGCAUCGAUUAUUGACACACCGCAAGUUGGAAUUGGGGAGCCAGUGCCGAUAUGGCAUAAGAUUGAUUGGCCACCAGAGGUGCAACAUGAUAUAUUCCGCGAUUGGGGCACAUACUAUUCACGUCGUCGCAGAGAGAAUUUCGCCAUGCAUUAUUAUGAUAAGGCAUUGAAUUUAGAUCCCAAGGAUCAUAUGACUUUAUAUAGACGCUGCCAGAGUAAGAGAAAGGCAGCUCAGAUUGAAGGAGCCUUGCAGGAUUGCAUGGAAGCAGCUAGCAUCGCCCAGAAGGUGCGUGGUCAAGAUGCCUCCAUUAAUUUGGAAAUAUGCGAUGUUCUUUACGAGUUGAAUCAAUUCGAGAAGAGCAAAGUCUAUAUGCAUGAUAAUAUACGCCAAUUUAAGGGUAAUAAGACUAAAAGUUUUGAGCAACGUUUGAUUGUGGUUGAUGAGGUAAUCAAUGACGUCACUGGCGAUGCCUUAACCAACUUCUUUUCGAAACAUAGCAAAAUUGUGGAUCGUGUCAAUGAGAUACGUAAGGCCAAAGAGAUUAUGGAUAAUCGUCCCAUGUGGAAAAUACUUAGAGAGCAACAAAAAUGCGAUGUUGUUAGUAUACCAGAUAUUAAGGAACUUCUUCUAUCCCCACUGGAAAUUGCUCGUCGUAGACGUGCCUUCAAUGUCUUCCAUCAGGCCUAUAUUAAUGAUUCGUGGAUUGAUGUAUUAUUCAUGAAAGAUUUACGCAAAAAUCCAAGUUUAUUUAUGCCACAAUGCAAGAACUCAUUUGGGUUUCUAGCCACUUUGUCUUCGAAACAAUAUGACAUAGUGCGAAAGUUUAUGAAAAUGUUACAAUCUCGUAGCCCAUUGUAUUAUGUCAACUAUGUUAAAUAUCGCAACAAGAAGCUCUUGGAAAGCAAUCGAGAAGCAUAUUUGUUUCGUGUACAAUAUCAAACUCGUCGUAAUAUGAAUGUAGCCCUAAGGACUAUACGCCAAUUGCGUAAAGACAGAAAGGUUACGCAAUUAACUAAGUACGUCGAGACUUUAAUGGGCGACUAUGUUAUGAUUAAGACCCAUCGUGUAAUGUGCUGGAAAUUUGAAUUUAUUAAUGAAGUUUACAAUACUUUGGCACUGGCCUUAAUUGAACAAUUUGUGUCGCCCAAAAAUUUCAAUCCUGCUGAUCCGUCAACUUUAUUGAAACUGCUUCAUAUGCCAACGGAUAAACUAAAAGAUUUUGUUUCAUUUGUUUUUGGUGAUCGCUCCACACAUCAAGAGCCCGAUUUGCAGGAUCCGACAACCACCAAUGCCAGAAAACUAAUUGCACGACUCGAAAAACGUAUGAUGUUUGCCAAGUAUGCGAUUGAGAAAUGUUAUUUACAUUAUUUACUAGCUCAGACCCAUUUGCAACAAGAUCAUCACGAUGAAUGCGCUUUCAGUGCUCGUCAAGGCAUUAAAGAGAGUCGUAGUUGCAAUAGUAAUAUUUGGAAAUUUUUAAAUUUGGUACAAAUAAUCAAAACGAAUGCCGCACUGCAUAAACUAGAGCGAACUAGAGAAGCCCUGGAGGAGGCACUGCCUGUUGCCCGUGAUCUCAAGUCACCGGAACUUGUGACGUUCAUAGAGACCUGCAUGUUCUGCAAUGAGGAAACAGUGCUUGUGAAAGGAAGUGUACACAGUCGCCGCGAUAGCAAGCAAUCGACCUUCAGUUCUGAACACCGUGUCAGUGGCAAUUACUAAAGGAGAAAACAUAUUAUUAUUAGAUUUCUACCUUUAGCGACAGACCGACAGUCUAUUAGAUACUCUUAGUACUUCAUUUUGAGAGUAAAAUGUGUUAGCCACGAAAAAUAUAUAUUUUAAUAAGAGAAGUGAGAAAAGCUUAUUGGUCAAGGUUUUGUACAUCGUUACAACAUAAAAUAUCAUCUCAGUGUGUCUCAACUUUUCGGUUCAUUUCGAGCUAUUAUAUGUGAAAUAAAAAUUUUCUGCUUUGUAAUGUUUAA